UUGCUUACCUUCAUAUUGAUAAUAUAAAAGUCUCACGUCUACCCGACUAAUAGUUAUUAUUGUUCAGUGUUUUGUGCCAAUAGUCGGAGUCUGAGGCAUGAUAUAACAUGAGAUUCACGAUCUCUUGGCUUAUCUUAGCACUUUCGGUGCUAAGUACAUUGGCACUUUCAGACUUAAUAACUAACUGCCAUAAUAAAGAAUUAAGUGGAAUAUGUCAAUAUUCAAGAGCAUUAGUACCUCUGCUGAGGGAAAAGAGACAACAAAAAUAUUUUUAUCCAACACCAAAGGUACCGUUUGAAGAGACAACUCCUUCUUACAGGACUACAACGCCUCGACCUUACAAGCCACCUGCAACAAGUCCACCAAUUUACACGCCACCUCCAACAAGACCACCAACAAGACCUCCACCAACAAACCCACCUUCUAGGCCACCAACAAGGCCACCAAUUUAUACACCACCACCAACAAGGCCACCAACUUACACCCCUCCACCAACAAGACCACCAACGAGACCUCCACCACCAAAGUCUACAGGCUAUACUUAUCCAACACCAAGUGUGCCAUUUACCAUUCCAACUAAGCCUCCAACAAGGCCACCAAUUUACACACCACCUCCAACAAGGCCACCAACUUACACGCCACCUCCAACAAGACCACCAACAAACCCUCCAACAAGGCCACCAACUUAUACACCUCCACCAACAAGGCCACGAACGUAUACACCACCUCCAACUAGGCCACCAACUUACACACCACCACCAACAAGGCCACCAAUUUACACGUCACCUCCAACAAGACCACCAACGAGACCUCCACCACCAAAGUCAACAGGAUAUACAUAUCCAACACCAAGUGUACCAUUUACAAUACCAACUAAACCACCAACAAGGCCACCAAUUUACACACCACCUCCAACAAGGCCACCAACUUACACGCCACCUCCAACAAGACCACCAACGAGACCUCCACCAACAAACCCUCCAACAAGGCCACCAACUUAUACCCCACCUCCAACUAGACCACCAACAAAGCCACCAAUUUACACACCACCUCCAACAAAACCACCAAUUUACACUCCACCUCCAACAAAACCGCCAAUUUAUACACCACCCCCAACAAAACCACCAAUCUACACACCACCCCCAACAAAACCGCCAAUUUACACGCCACCUCCAACAAGGCCACAAACGAGACCACCACCAAAGACCGGUUACACCUAUCCAACACCAAGUGUACCGUUUACUAUACCCACUAAACCACCAACAUUCCCCCCAUAUACUCCGCCAAAGACUCCCCCAAAACCACCUGUUACUUUUCCACCGUAUACACCACCUAAGACUCCAGCUACACCAACCAGACCUCCAAUAACUUUCCCCCCUUAUACACCACCAAAAACACCAGCUACUCCUCCUCCAUUUAGACCGACGCCACCUCCACUAAAGACUCCACCCCCACCUACACUUCCACCAUAUAAGCCCCCUGUUACGCCUCCGAGACCAACACCGCCACCAGUAACUCCUCCAAGGCCGACUCAACCACCAUAUAGGCCACCACCGGUACAAACUGUACCACCAUAUAAGCCACCAGUUACGUCACCACCAUAUUUGCCACCGAAAACUCCACCUAGGCCAACGCCUCCACCAUUUAGACCAUCUGUAACACCGCCACCAUUUAAACCAUCAGUCACACCACCAAGACCAACCCCACCACCUUUGAGACCUUCUGUAACACCGCCUAGACCAACACCACCACCAUUUAGGCCUUCUGUAACACCACCUAGGCCAACACCACCACCAUUUAGGCCUUCUGUGACACCACCUAGGCCAACACCACCACCAUUUAGGCCUUCUGUGACACCACCUAGACCAACACCACCACCAUUUAGACCUUCUGUUACACCUCCACCGUUCGUUCCAUCGCAUACUACACCACCACCAUAUUUGCCACCUAAAACUCCAGCAACACCGCCUCCAUUUAGACCAACACCGCCUCCUCUAAGGACACCACCUCCAAGCCCUCCAUCUAGGCCAACACCACCACCGUUCGUACCUUCUGUUACUCCACCUAGACCAACCCCACCACCGUUUAGGCCUUCCGUAACACCACCACCGUUUAAACCGUCAGUUACACCACCAAGACCGACUCCACCACCUUUCAGGCCUUCAGUAACACCACCUCCACCUAGACAAACUCCACCACCUUUCAGGCCUUCAGUAACACCACCUCCACCUAGACAAACUCCACCUCCAUAUAGGCCAUCUUCUACACCACCGCCAUAUUUGCCCCCAAAACCGCCAGCGACACCUCCACCAUUUAGGCCAACACCUCCACCACUAAGGACGCCACCUCCUUUUGUUCCAACAAAACCACCAUACAGACCUCCACCAGUGCAAACUAUACCACCGUAUAAGCCACCAGUUACACCAGCAAGACCCACUCCACCACCAUACAAGCCACCACCAGUACAAACUGUACCACCAUAUAAACCGCCAGUUACGCCACCUAGGCCUACUCCACCACCAUAUAAGCCACCACCAGUACAAACUAUACCACCCUACAAGCCGCCAGUUACUCCACCCCCAUAUAAACCGCCAGUUACGCCACCUAGACCCACUCCACCACCAUAUAAGCCACCACCAGUACAAACUAUACCACCCUAUAAACCACCAGUUACGCCACCCAGACCCACACCACCACCUUAUAGGCCCCCAGUGACACCACCGCCAAUCCAAACAGUUCCUCCUUACAAACCACCAAGUCCAACGCCACCUCCGUACAGACCACCACCAGUACAAACAGUACCACCGUACAAACCACCCAAACAAACACCGCCGCCGUUCAGGCCAACGCCACCGCCAUUUGUACCUUCUGUACCGCCAUACCAACCGCCUAAUGAUAGACAAUAUUUACCUCCAAAAUCCGAUGGAUACUUUCUACCUAAGCCAUCAAUAGCUUUCAACUUUUAAUACGUAAAUCAAUAUUUCCUGCCAAUAGAGUUGUGAUACAGUUUUCUGAUGAACCAAUGCAUCCAUCUGAUUUCUAGGAAAUCUAUGCGCAAUGCUUUAGUAAUUGUGUCAGAAUACUUUUGUAAAUACUCAAAUCAACUAUAUAUCAUAGUAUUUUAUGUAAAAAAGUGUAAUAUAAACAAUAUACUAUAUAAAAAUUGUAUUUUUUCACUAUAUUUUAGCUUAAAGUUGG